AGUAGACAAGCAGGAGAGAGAGAGAGACACUGACUACGUAUAUAAAAGACUUGACUAUCCACACGGCACUGCAGCCUCCACCCAGCCUCCCUCCAGCCAGCCUCCGCGGCACUCCCCGUCAUCUUGGCUCUCCCCUCAAGUGCCUCGCUACCGCCCCCCCCCCUCCUUCGUCGGGAUGCUGCGGCGAUUGGGUACCCUGCUGUACCUGCUGGCGGCCGCCCUAGCUCACGAGGACACCUUCCUCGACAAGUACGCCUUCACAAAGGUGAUGCAGCACUGCCUGGGGACCGCUAACUACCACCGCCAGCUGAGGGAGGUCCGGCGCGCCAAGCUGACGUGCCUGGGCUACCCGCAGAACACCUUCCUCACCACCUCGGGUCACCACUUUUACUUCUACUCAGACCAGCGAACCAAGAGGGUAGUGACCUCCUUCCAUCCUCGCGAUCCUAACAAGGACAUCUACUACAACAGCCCUCUCACGCCCCGCCUCUCCUUCCCCACGAGCGACCACUCCACCACCACUUCCGCCACCUCCCUGCAGCAGCCCAACCAGGUGGCGGGUGGACCUCUGUGGGACGCUGACACCCUGGCCCGUGCCGCUGCUCACCUCAACGCUGCGCUCAGUAACUUCACGUGCGUCCUGGUGUCCAUCAAUGCAAUCGACGAGGAGCUCAGAGUGAAGCAAGACUCUUUCGUGAACCACUAUUACCUGACCAUCCCGAACGACCAGCUCAAGAUCGACCUCAUUCAGAACAUCUACUACUGCUAUGAGGCCUCGGAAGGUCUGCCUCUGGAGCGGGACCAUUCGCCGCUCCACGCACGCCUCCACCGGCUCAUGUUCUUCCUCAAGUGCGAAAAGAAGAAGCGCCUAGCCGCCUGCCUCAAGCAUGACAUUCGCGCAAACCUGGAUCAGUACAACCUCUCCGGCAUCCCUGGCUCUGGUUUUGGCCCCGACGCCGCCGACGAGGUGCUGGCGUUGCUGGUUGGCGCUGACGGCAUCAAGAAUCUCGACCUUUACUACUGAUGAUUCUUGACUUAUAAUAUUGAUUACUGGCCUCUACUACCUGUGUUAAUGGUUCCUGAUGUCUUUGACUGAUUCUUGACUUUUACGACUGGUGAUUCUUGAUUUUUGUUGUUGAUGACUGGUUUCUACAGCUGAUUUUCGAGCUACGUUACCGACUCUUUACUUUCUUGACUGAUCCUUGAUUUCUACUGGUUCUUGGCAUCUAUGGAUUCUAGACCUUUUUUAUCCUCGACUUUCAUAACUAUCAACCUCUGCUACUGAUUGUUUUUACCUCUACUGCUUAUUUCGACAUCUACUGAUGAGACAUGAGCUGUAGUUUCUUUCCCAGUGCCUGAGUCAAGUCUAGCGGCAUUAUUACUUUCGCUUCGUACAAUAAUUCGAGGGCAUUUUUUUUUCUUUUCCUGGUGUAGUAGUGGCCCACCCUGCACUGACUCCCGGCUCACCCAGACCACGCAGUGCUUCUCCUGUACCUGAACAAUAAAGUGUGCUGCUAAGGACGGCAAUUA